CUACUCCACAUCGCUAAUCAAUUGGAAAACGAAUUAAAAACAAAAAUUAUUUAUUAACAGUAUUCUUAGUUGCCACAAACCAUAAACACAACGAACUAUAUGCCGUUGGGUCGUCGUUAUCGCAACUGCUUGUCAGCUGAAAAACAACAACUAAAACAAAAGAUUAGGCUGUGAACUUCGCCUUCGUUUAAAUACAUAAUAACUCGGACUUUGUCUCUGCGGGUGACUCUGAACACAUACUUAAAUUUACAUAUGCAUUUACAUACGUUUUUAUGUAUGUGUUGCCAGCGUCAUUGAGUGUGAAUCAAUACCAAGCUCCCAAAACAAAGCACAACAAAAAUUACGUCUUGUAAUUGCACAAGAUAAUUGGGUAAUUUGUAUAAGCGAGAGAUGAUUGCAACAGCAGCAGAGCCGCCAUUCACCUGUUUGUUGAGUUAUUAGAGAUUUGACGAGAGGGAACGCUUAGACCUGCCGCGCACAAAACGAGAGAGCAGAACAAAUUUGUGCUUGUCAAAAUAUACAGAAAGUAACGAAUUAGAAUUCGACAAUGGCGAAUACAGAGGAACGUUUCCAAGCUGCUGUGAAUGUCAUUAAAGGACUGCCCAAGAACGGGCCUUAUCAGCCCAGCACCAGUAUGAUGCUUAAAUUCUAUGGACUCUUCAAGCAGGCCACAGAGGGCGCUUGUGCGCCCAAGAAACCCGGCUUUUGGGAUGUCGUUGGACGCGCUAAGUGGGACGCCUGGAAUAGUAAUCGACACUUGAGCAAGGAGCAGGCAAUGGAAGGCUAUGUGGAGAGUCUGAAGGAGAUUAUUGAAACUAUGUCUUUCACGGAGAAUGUGCAAAACUUCGUGGGUAGCUUAGAUGGUUUAGGCAAUAUAAACCUAGAUGAAUUGGACCUGGUUUCACCGGGUAUGCGCCAACUAGCCGAAUCACAUCCCAAUUCACCAUUUCAUUCGCGCACCAACAGUCCGCAGCACGGUUCUAGUUACAAUGAUGCAGGAGCGACAUCGACUGAAAUGUCAAUGGAUCCGUUGACCAAUGGUCAUGUGACGCCGUUAACUAAUGGCUACACCAGCAAGGCUGACCAUAGUUUUAAUCACGACUCAAGCAACAACAAUAAUUACACAAACCACAGCAGUGUGGCCAUUGUAGAGCCUUCUGAUGAUGAAUAUGAUGAUCCUUAUGAACCAAUGCUGCCGCAGGAGCUCACACAAGCUUUAACACACAAUUCGGAACUUUUGAGGCAGAUACAGUCCACUGUCCUCAAGAUGAACGCCGAUAUGAACGCAGUACAGCAGCGUGUGCGCGGUGUUGAGCAAUCUCUACUUGAGUUGCGCAAUACACAAAAGUCGCGCUCGACGCUAGGCAGACGACAGCCCGUGUGGUGGCCGUUUAAAGAUAUUUCGCCGCUCUGGUUUGCGGUGUUAGUGCUUUGGCCCUUCUUGGUCCGGCGAGUGGCGCGCAUGGUGGAUAGCAGACGCCGCUGACGUCGUAGAUACUUAGCUUAGCUUUAUUGGUAUGGUAGCUAAAUUCUAGUUUCGGUUAUGGGUACGAUAUAUGGUGUGUAGGCUUUUAUACAUUUCGACAUUUUUAUAAAAAAAAAUGGAAAAUGAGCCAUGACCGU